UAACAGCUCUCAUACAGGACUGCAGCAGGACUUUAAACAUUUUUUCAGGAUGAACAGAAAUCCACAGGAGGAAAUUGAGGAAAUCGAAGAAGAAUAUGACUAUGUUAAUGCACCAGCAUGCACUGUGGAUAAAGUGGCAACUCCACCAGACCAGAGGUUUCGCUUCUUCACUCAGACUUUUCUACCGAUAGCAGUGUGUUGGCUGAUACUGUUGGUCAUCAUGGGCCUCCGUAUCUACUACCUGACUGCAGUAAACCAGGAGCUGGAGACGGAGAGGAAGAACUUAACAGGAGCAAUACAAAACAUGGAAACAAACUGGACCAAACCCAACGUCAGUGAAGAUUGUCAGAAGGGCUGGAGAGUCUUUGAGUCCAGCUGCUAUCUGUUUUAUGACACUGAUCCUCCUGAUCAGAAAACCUGGGAAGAAGCUCGAGAAGACUGCAGAGCACAGAGUUCAGAUUUGGUUGUUGUAGAUGAUGACGAUGAACAGGAUGCACUAAGUUAUUACAGCUGGUAUCGUGGAUCCUGGAUUGGCCUGAGAGCUGAAGAAGGGAGAUGGAAGUGGAUUGAUGGAAGAGAUCUGACUGAAAGUGUCAGCUACUGGAUAGAUGAACCACCAUCUGCUGCUGACGGUCAGUGUGUAGGUUCUGUCGGUAGGUUCAGAUGGAGAUCAGUGAGCUGUGCUGAGAGAUACACAUGGAUCUGCGAAAAGAAGGCUUUAUCUGUUUAAACA